UCUGCCUAGUCUCGCACGCUCGCCGUUAUCCGCCCGCCCACACAAUGGAGUCUCUGGCUGAGAAGGCGCCAGUUGUUACCCGCGAGCGGGAAAACAAGACUGAGGACAAGCAAGUGAUAAAGAAGAAAAAAGGUGUUUUGAGAGUGUUCUUCAUCCGGCUCUCGCACUUUGGUCCUCUGAAAUUUAUGGUGAGUGUGCUGCGUAAUCUGUCGUGGCUGGCGGGUCUCUCUUGUCCGGUGGAGGAUCUGGGCGCAGCCGAAGCCCACACGCCGGCCCUGGUUCGGCACUGUCGCACCGGGAAGAAGCGGCUGCGCAGAGUCACGCGAGUGCUGCUCUCCUAUAUCCCCUACCGGCUACAGAGUGUGCUCGGCUACCCUGUCCCCAGCAGCAUCGGCAAGACAGCCAUCUCGGAAGAAGUGCGCUGCUCCCCCACCAAGCCCUCUGGGAAGGGUAACAAGCGUAAACAGGAAGAUGUGGAUGAGGAGGAACACCAGUCCUGGGUGGAGGCCCUGAACAAGGAGUUGGGGGAUGAGGACAGCGAGGGGGAUCCCACUUAUGAGCCGAGCAGCGAUGGUGAGAGUGACAGCGAGGAGAACAGGACUCGCAAUGAUACAGAGAGUGACAUAGAGGAGGUGGCAGAAGAGGGCAAAGCCAUUAUCAAAGAGUUGGACGCAGCUAAGAAAGCAUCCACCGAGGGUGGUUCUGCUGGGAUACAGAACAGAGCACACUCAGAGCAGCAAUCGUGAUCAGAUUAUAGGAGCUGUGUCUGACCGACUCCAUGUCCCCAAUUCUGUUGCAUCCUGUCUGUUGUGCCUUGAAUUUGAUGUGAAGAAAAGAUUUCUUAAUGUAGUCCAUUGUGUGAAAUGUCUUGGGUUCUCUCCCCGCCCCCCCC